CGCCCGGCGCGGCCCGGCCCGGCGCGGGCGCUCUCUGCGGGCGGGGGGUGCGCCCCGUUCCGUCCCGUUCCGCGCUCACCGGGGCCCCCGGGGCCGCUGAGGCCGCGCCGCGCCCGGGACAUGCGGCCGCCCCCGCCGGCGAGGAGGCGAUGAGGCUCCGCAGCGGCACGGCGCUCACGCUGCUGCUCGGCUGCCUGUGCGCCCUGCUCUCUCUCUCCUGGUACGGCGCCUUCGGCGGGCACAAAGGUGACGUUGUGGACAUCUACCAGCGGGAGUUUCUUGCCCUUCGGGACCGACUUCACGCAGCCGAGCAGGAGAGCUUGAAGCGCUCCAAGGAGCUCAACCUAGUCCUGGAGGAGAUCAAGAGAGCCAUCUCAGAGAAGCAGGCCCUGCGGGAUAUAAACCGGACCUGGAGCAGCUUAUCUGACGAAACCAAGUUAAAACUGUGGAAUAUCACCAACAAGAAUGUGCUGCACCUUCCCACCAUCUUCCAUCAUUUGCCUCAUUUGCUGUCAAAGGAGAACAGUCUGCAGCCAGCCGUGCAUGUGGGACAGGGGCGCACUGGAGUGUCCGUCGUGAUGGGAAUCCCCAGUGUGAAGCGGGAGGUGCAUUCCUACCUCACCGACACCCUCAACUCCCUCAUCUCAGAGCUCACACAGCAGGAGAAGGAAGACUCCGUCAUUGUCGUCCUCAUCGCUGAGACGGAUCCGCAGUACACGGCCGGAGUGGCAGAAAAUAUCAGAAACUUAUUCCCAAAGGAAAUACACUCAGGUCUCCUGGAGGUUAUUUCCCCAUCUCCACAUUUCUAUCCUGAUUUCUCCCACCUGCGGGAAUCCUUUGGGGACCCCAAGGAAAGAGUCAGGUGGAGGACAAAGCAGAACCUCGACUACUGCUUUUUAAUGAUGUACGCCCAGUCCAAAGGCAUCUAUUACGUGCAGCUGGAGGAUGAUAUUGUGGCCAAACCAAACUAUCUCAGCACGAUGAAGAACUUUGCCUUGCAGCAGCCCUCCGAGGAGUGGAUGAUCCUGGAGUUUUCUCAGCUGGGGUUUAUUGGAAAAAUGUUCAAGUCUCUGGAUCUGAGCUUGAUUGUGGAGUUCAUCCUGAUGUUCUAUAAGGACAAACCCAUUGACUGGCUGCUGGAUCACAUCCUUUGGGUGAAAGUCUGCAACCCUGAGAAGGACGCAAAACACUGUGACAGGCAGAAGGCAAACCUGAGGAUCCGCUUCAAGCCCUCGCUCUUCCAGCAUGUGGGAACCCACUCCUCCUUGGCCGGGAAGAUACAGAAGCUGAAGGACAAAGACUUUGGCAAGCAGGCCCUGCGGAAAGAGCACGUCAACCCUCCUGCGGAGGUGAGCACCAGCCUGAAAACCUACCAGCACUUCACCUUGGAGAAGGCUUACCUGCGGGAGGACUUCUUCUGGGCCUUCACUCCCACCGCUGGAGACUUCAUCAGAUUCAGAUUCUUCAAACCACUCCGCAUAGAAAGGUUCUUCUUCCGCAGCGGGAAUAUUGAGCACCCAGAAGACAAACUCUUCAAUACGACUGUGGAAGUUUUGCCAUUUGACAGCCUGCAGUCGGAUAAGGAAGCCUUGCAGGAGGGAAGAGGCACGGCCGUCAAAUACCGCCGAACGCCGGAUGGCUACAUCCAGAUAGGCUCCUUCUCCAAGGGUGUCGCAGAUGGUGAGGUCGACCCCUCCUUUGGGCCGCUGGAGGCCAUCAGGCUGUCCAUCCAGACCGACUCCCCGGUGUGGAUCAUCCUGAGCGAGAUUUUUAUCAAAAAGGCAGAGUGACACAGGCGUGAGGAAGGGCGACACCCGCGUGGAUCCCCUCCCUCCCCUCCCGCUCCCUCCUCCCCGCGGUGCCCGCGCACAGGGACAGCCGUGCCCAGGGCACGCACAGACGGGCCUCGGCAAAGGGGCCACGGGGCCAGGACGUCGUCUUCUCCAGAAGAAGAGCAAAAAGCAACAUCCGUGCAGAGGGCUGGAUUUGCUCCCUCGGCCCCUCAUGGGUGCGUGGCUGCUUGGGCCACACCGACACAGGACGGUUUGGGGUCAGGAUGAGCUUUAGCAAACGUGGGGACUAAAAGCACCUUCAGCCGAGGACAGGACAAUCGCUAAUUUGGGGACAGAGUCGGGGCUUGGUCACGUUGAGUCCUGCCGGCUGGGAUGGAGACGGCCAGGGACCACGGGCUGCCUUUUCUUCACCCGGGCAAUGGGCCUGGCCAAAGCUGAGGAUUAAGCGACAGCGAAGAUUGAGCUUCCUGCAGCAGAGCAGGAACAAAUCCGAAGGCGUUGGAGCCAUGAGGAUGGCAGGGAAAAUUAAAAACAAAAAAAACAAAAAACAAACGCCACACUGUGCCUGCCAGCAUUGAACACAGCCCUUCAGCUCACCGUGAAGUCUCCAGUGUCUUCAUGCCUUGAGAUUGAGUGCAGAAACCAUCUUUUUAAAUAACUAUUUCAGUUAUUGAUUGGUGUGAAUUUUUGGGAAAAAAAGCAGAAGUAGCCCAGUUCAAAAAUAGUAGGGAUUAGUGUAAAUCCCAAUGUCUCUUCAGCUAUACACUGGAAUGCAUUAUACUACUUUAAUGUGCUGUAUUUUUUAUUAUUGGAUACAUUUGAUUUUUCAAGUACAUCUCUAUAUAUAAAUAUAUAAAAUAAUGUGCACUGUAAUAAAAGCUAAAUUUAAA